AUGCGUGCCGUUCUUCAAAGCUUUGAAAGGGGGCAAACAUCAUAUAACGUGGACUCCCGAAUGCGACCAAGCAUUUCAAAACUUGAAGAACUACAUGAGCCAAGCACCACUGUUAUCGAAACCACUGCCAGGCGAGGUACUACUCCUGUACCUUUCGGUAUCCAACACUGCCGUCAGCUCAGUGUUGAUAAGGAAGCCGGAGAAGGCGGAGCUACCGAUUUUUUAUGUCAGCAAGGCGCUCCAGAGCGCAGAGCUUCGGUACCCACCCUUGGAGCAGCUAGCACUGGCCCUGGUCGUCUCGGCACGAAGACUUCGCCCUUACUUCCAGGCUCACGAAAUCACAGUUCUGACGAACCAGCCUCUUCAGCAGGUGCUCCAAAAGCCGGAAACAUCUGGCCGAUUGGUCAAAUGGGCAAUCGAGUUGAGAGAGCCAUUGCCGACUUCAUCUCCGAGCUCACACCUCCUGCUUUAUCGGAAUCGUCAUCGCCGAGCGCCGUACCUGCCGCACCAGAGAAAAUGGAUACCGAACGUUUCGACACUUCUGCUCCUCUCUGGAUCCUGCACGUGGACGGCUCGGCAAACCAGCAAGGCUGCGGUGCCGUCUUAGUGUUAACCACUCCGGAUGGUAGCAAAAUCGAGUACGCCCUCCGAUUCAACUUCCGAACCUCCAAUAACGAGGCAGAAUAUGAGGCCCUCCUGGCUGGCCUUUGGCUAGCCCAGAGCAUGAGCGCGAGGCAGAUCAGCAUUCACAGCGACUCCCAGCUCAUAGUAAAUCAGAUAACGGCAGACUUCGCAGCAAAGGAUGCCUCCAUGUCAGCCUACCUAUCGGCAACCCACCAACUACUACAAAAAUUCCAGGCCUACGAGAUACGGCAGAUCCCCAGGUUGGAAAAUAGCCAUGCCGACGCACUCUCACGAUUGGCCUCGGCCAUAAAUGACAAGAUCGGAAGGAAGGUACCGGUGGAGAUAUUAUCCCAACCGAGUACAACCGCCGCUGAGGUAUGUACCAUUCGGUACGAAGACACAUGGAUGUCUCCAAUCUAUGCCUAUCUGACAGCCGGAACCCUUCCUACCGAUAAGUCCCAAACUCGGAAACUUCGCUACCGAUCGGCAAGAUACACAGUCAUCAACGAUGUUCUGUACAAACGGGGCUACACGACGUCGUAUUUAAAAUGCGUGACCAAGGAGCAGGGGGACUACAUCCUUCGGGAGGUCCACAGCGGAAUCUGCGGCGACCAUUCUGGAUCCCGAUCGCUCGCAAACAAGGUCUUCCGGCAGGGUUAUUUCUGGCCGACUCUGCACUAG